AUGGAGCAACCGCCAGAAUUUGUUGAUGUUUAUCGCCCAAACUACGUCUGUCGAAUCCAGAAGUCUGUCUAUGGCUUGAAACAGGUGCCUCGAGCCUGGUAUGUUGAGUUACGCACUUAUUUGCUUCAGUUUGGAUUUCACAAUUCAGUCUCUGAUACAUCUUUGUUCAUACUCAAGAAAGGCAAGUCUAUUGUUUAUAUGCUAGUAUAUGUUGAUGAUAUUCUGGUUACGGGUAAUGACAAUGAAUUGCUGCGUCAAACUCUGGAUGCUCUUUCCUCUCGUUUCUCGAUCAAGAAUCAUGAAGAAUUACAAUAUUUCUUUGGCAUUGAAGCUAAGCGAGGUCCGGUAGGUCUUCAUCUCAGUCAACAGAAAUAUGUCAUUGAUUUACUUACCAAGACAAACAUGUUCGGUGCUAAACCGGUAACUACACCGAUGUCGACGACACCAAAACUCACAUUGCGUUUAGGGACACCUCUAUCGGAUCCAACGGAGUUUCGUGCUGUGGUUGGCAGCCUCCAAUACCUUGCCUUUACAAGGCCUGACAUUUCCUAUGCCGUCAAUUGUCUAUCACAGUUUAUGCAUCAACCAACUUUGGAUCAUUGGAUGGCUGUUAAGCGUGUUUUAAGAUACUUGGCUGGCACAUCGGAUUAUGGUAUUCUUCUCCGCCGUGGGUCCAAUCGAUCAUUACAUGCUUAUACGGAUGCAAAUUGGGCAGGGGAUUAUGAUGAUUAUGUCUCCGCGAAUGGGUACACUGUCUACCUUGGUACGCAUCAUAUCUCAUGGUCCUCUAAGAAGCAACAGAGCAUUUCCCACUCCUCUACGGAGGCUGAGUAUCGUUCCGUAGCCAACACUUCGACGGAGCUCACCUUGAUUUGUUCCCUCUUACAAGAACUUGGUUUAUCUCUGUCGCGUGUGCCAGUAAUAUAUUGUAAUAACAUUGGGGCCACAAAUUGA